CAGAAGUACAUGGCGGCAGAGAAUAGCGGGCAAAUGGAGCUCUGAAAGGCUGCGAGAGCUCCAGAGGAAGGAGCUGCUUCGAUUCGCCCCUUUCGUCGCCCAACCCAGCCCGGCCCAACCCAGCCGGGGCUCUGGCUUAUAAACUCUGAAGUGCCGCCGCCUCCGCCUCAGACGGCGGUUUCCCCCACCACCCAAAAAGCCCAGCCGCGCCGUCGCUACCCUCCUAUCUAUUCCCUCACCCGGGCGGGAGGAAAGAGAAAGCUCUCCCUCCGCCGGAGGCACCUUCCCGCCGGCUCGGAACCUUUCCGGAUUCGCCGAGCCUCUCGGAGGGCCUGCAGAAAAGGGUUGCACCGAACUUGCUGCUGCUGCUGCUGCUGCUGCUCGCUCGACCGCCCUCGGCUCGCUCCUUUUUGCCUGCCCGCCUCGGCCAUGCCCGUCGGUGGCGUUGAGGAAGUUUCCUGAUGGCUGCUGAGAGGUUCCUCUUCUCUUCCAUCCCUACCUCGCCGCUCCGGCCGAGCCUUGCGGUGCUUUCCCCUCAAAGCCGCCUCUGGGUGAAAUGCUGAAGAGCUGGGCCCCCUCGUCGCCUUUUCCCUAGUUCCAAGCUUUUUUGUUUUGGUGGGGUUUUUUUUGGAAACCGAAAACGGGCGUCCUCUUAACGGCCGCAAUUACUUCGGAGUAAGGUGUCGGCAUCCUUGGCGAGAGGGAGGGGGAGAAUCCUUCCCAGUUCUUCUCUUUUCAGAAGAAGGGCAUGCUCUGCUGAAGGGGGGGGCAACAAGAUGCAGACCUUCUUGAAAGGGAAAAGGGUCGGUUAUUGGCUGAGCGAGAAGAAAAUCAAGAAACUCAAUUUUCAAGCCUUUGCAGAUCUUUGCAGGAAAAGAGGCAUAGAGGUUAUACCGCUCGACCUUACCAAACGAAUAGAAGAUCAGGGCCCAUUAGAUGUGAUCAUACAUAAACUGACAGAUGUCCUAAUUGAAGCUGACCAAAAUGACAGCCAGUCUUUGGAGUUGGUUCACAGGUUCCAGGAAUAUAUUGAUGCUCAUCCUGAAACUAUAAUUCUGGAUCCUCUUCCUGCUAUCAGGACAUUACUGGACCGAUCAAAGUCUUACGAACUUAUUAGACAGAUAGAACUGUAUAUGAAAGAUGACAGAAUCUGUUCUCCGCCAUUUAUGGAAUUAACAAAUGCAUGUGGAGAAGACACCUUGAAGCAAAUAGAAAAAAGUGGAAUUGCAUUCCCAUUCAUUUGUAAGACAAGAGUCGCCCAUGGAACCAACUCUCAUGAGAUGGCUAUCAUAUUCAACCGUGAAGGCCUGAAAGCCAUCCAACCUCCAUGUGUGAUUCAAAGUUUCAUCAACCACAAUGCUGUCCUGUACAAAGUCUUUGUGGUUGGAGAGUCAUAUACUGUGGUGAAGAGGCCCUCUGUGAAGAACUUCUCAGCAGGCAUUUCUGACCCUGACAGCCUCCAGACACCGUGUCAUGUCUUCCACAGCAUCUCCCACUGGGCUUGGAGUGGAGAUAUAUACCAGGAGAAUAGGACAAAUUAUAGAGAGUCAAUAUUUUUCAACAGCCACAAUGUAUCAAAACCAGAAUCCUCUUCCAUCUUAACAGCACUUGAUAAAAUAGAAGGGGUGUUUGAGAGACCAAAUGACGACGUUAUCCGAGCAAUCUCAAAGACACUAAGGCAGACUUUGGGGAUUUCUCUCUUUGGCAUCGACAUUAUCAUUAAUAAUCAGACUGGUCAGCAUGCAGUCAUUGAUAUCAAUGCAUUUCCAGGAUAUGAAGGUGUCUCAGAGUUUUUCACUGACCUCCUGAACCACAUAGCUACCACCCUGCAGGAGCAAACUCCAGAGUUGUCCCAGCUGAACCAUAACAAAUUCCUGGCAGAGCAGAGCAGCAACCUCGUGGGGGAGCGGACGUGCUGUGCUAACACUGGCUGCCGGAGCAUGGCAAGCCAAGACCCUUGGAUUGUGGAGAACGAGACCAACAACUCAGUCAAGCUGCAGCACCAGAGGCUGGGCUGUAACUCAUCCAUGUCACCGAGCUUUCAGCAGCAUUGUGUGGCCACGUUGGCCACAAAAGCUUCCUCUCAAUGAUCCGUAUGUGUGCCACAGACUGAGAAAGAAAGCAGUCAGUCCCUGGGCUGUAAAUUCAAUGUAAUUUUUUCAAAGAAAAUGAAUUUAGUGAUAUGGGUCCACUUUAACAGAUUCCUCUUAUAGUUCUAUAGUGAGUUUUAUCCAUCCAUGUAUGGGUGCCCGUUGUGUGCAUGUAUCUUAAACACUAUAUCUUAAUGUGGGAGAAUGGAUUUGUGUUUUUUCCCCCAUGCCUUUUCCUUUUCUUUGUAAUCAUCAACCAGAGUUGGGUGAUGAAUCAUGCUGGAUUGAUACGAAUUUGUGUUGAAAAUUUGCACACUUGGAUUCGACCCCUUUCCAUCUUUUUUCCAGCCCAUUCCAAAGAGUAAAACAUGCAUUGAUUGUACACCUAAAUCCAGAGGAAACCUACAUACCCCAGGAUCAGCAUUUUACUUCUUUGUGGAACACUUUGAAGCGAGAAACUGCUUCAGAUAGUUUCCCAUUUUCCUAAAGAAGAAUAAUGCCUGGGUAUUUGUUUGCUAUUCUGAAAAAUUAUAGGUUGAUGUAAUACUGCCCUUAAUCUCAUUUGGGGGCAGAGGACUUCCUAAUAGUUGGAGGAUUACCACAUCUAACAUCAGAACAAGCUAGGGAGUUUGGCUUUUUUCUGCUGCUUUACUGAUCCUGAGAUAAAAGAACACCUCUUUCAUGUAUUUAUUAACUGAUAAGGUGGCUUAUUUUUAGCUUGGUAUGAUGCACAGAUCCAUUCACUGUGAUUUAUAAAUCAUAGUUUCUUUGUUAGGGUGGGCUUGUGCAUCAUAUUAAACAAGAAACUCAAAUUGUGGAUUAGCAUUACAUGAGAUAUAGGGGACCUGUUUGUAAGCACCAUUCUGCACAAGUAUUUUUCCUUAGUGGUGGGUAGAAGUAAAAGUAACUUUUUAAAGUAAAUCAGUAGCAAUUUGUCUCCAUUUCUGGUCUAUCAUUUGUGGGGUUGAACAUUUGAGAUACAGUAUAAGGGUAAUAUUUAUCUAACCUGUAAUUCAGUCUGGUUAUAUUUUAAGAACAAGUAACAAAACAACAGUGCAUCUUUAACUCUGUUUCUUUUAACACAACAUCAUCUUUGUGCAGCUUUGAACUGUCAUGAAUUUAAAAAGGUACUGUGAAUGAGUUUUGGGACUUAAUCUGAGACAAUCUUUAAAUUGUCUCAGGAAACGUUAAAAUAUUUUACAUAUUUAGAUACAUUUGGAAAGAUUGAUCAUCAUGAAAGGGAUCUAUGGACUAAUUCACACUCAGGUAAUAGUGUGAAUGUAUACGACAUACAUGCUACAAAUUGUACACAUGAAUCCCAAUUUUUAAAAGGAUAAUAUAUUGGUAAUAUUUGCAUACAGGCAACAUUAUAUGUUUUUUGUUGGAUUAAAGAAAGUUUGAAUUCUAAGAUUCUCUCAGUUCCUGUAAGGAUGACCCAUUUUUUUAAUAUGUAUGAACUGAUAUUAAUAUAUUUUCCUCCGCUGAUGGCAGCUGUUUAUUUGUUUCUUGUUUUUAGAGUAAGAGAAAAAAUGAAAAUAUCUGAUGAAAUAUGAAAGGGGGGUUAAAAAGGGAGGACCAGAAAUGAUUCCAAACUACAGUGUAAGUGCAGGAAAUUGUUCAAGAAUUAACAGGAAGGAGACUUUGUGGUUUUGUUUCUAAAAUUCUCAUAAUUCUUCAGUAGAUAUUGACUAUAGAUAGCUGAAGAGAAGACAAUAUUAUAUGAGACUAUACGGUCAUUUUGUUUAUUUCUAAUUCAAAUUAGAGUCAUACUAUGAUCCUGAAUUAUUGUCUUUCUCAAUAAUAACAGUUGCUGCAGUUUCCCAAUAAAUUAUUGAAAUUUGUUCAUGCAUAUUUUACAUACCUUUGGUGGGAGUGAAAAAUAGGCCAUACAUAUUUUCAUAAAACAUUUUUUUUCCAGUAUAGCAACACUAUUAAAAGUUACUGAUACUUUUAAAAUGAUUGGAUUUUAACAUCACACACACACACACCAAGCCAAAAUUGUCCUGAUGAAAGACACCUUUGAACAUAGCUAAGUCUCUCCCUUCUCUGUAACUUUAAUUAAGACAAGAGUAUUUCAUUGCUAUACUGAGCAUUGCCAUCCUCCCCCUCCCAAAAAAUACUACCUCCUUGAUUGCUGCUUGUAUGGAUCAAGAAACUAGUAAUUUGCAACAGGAUUCAAACCAUCUUGUUUUAUUAUACAGCUGUGGGAGAGCCAAGGAAAGAGGCAUAAUAGGUUAGUUCUUCUGGCAUGUCCUUCAGAGAACAAGCAGUACCAUUAUCUGAUUCAGAGGGGUAAUUUGACAAUAUUUUUAAUUUUAAGAAAAAACUCCCCCACAUCACUAUCAUUGUGUAAAUAAUGGUGAUGUAGGGUUUUAUUUUUUUCUUAAAAUUUCUUAACUUCUUAAAAUAAAUUUCAGUUCUGAGGUGAGCAACCUAGGAAAACAUGUUUCAUCUGGUUUAGUUAGAAGACAUUUCAAAAUUGUUGAUCAGCUUGGACUACGGUAUUUGAUCCAGUUUAAAUAUAUUUCUGCUAUUUCCUAUCUUUAAUGAAGAGUAAGAAUUUCUUUUAAUGGCUGCCUUCUAAAUUUGGGUUAGCCUAUUUUGCACUGUUUUAUUUCUCCAAAAUAAACUACUGAUACAUAAUUGUACAUUUUAUAUUUAUUUACAAAUGAUAUAUUUCGUAAAUUCUCCAAAGUCUUAAUACAGAGUAUAUCUGAUAAAAGUGCAGUUCAUAUCUUGACUUUAACUAGAAUCUAAUUUAAUUAUGUAGCCAAAUAGGUUGUCAGCUUCGUUGAUCCCUUGAUGUAACUGCUGCUUAUUUAAACAAAGACAAAGUUGUUCAUAUCUUAAGAUGGCAUUGCAAGUGUGCUGGCCAGCAGACAGUUUGUAAUCCUUUCUGUGAUUUUUUUUCUAUCAGACUUUUUUGUGUGGAAUAAAAUAUGAAUAAUAUUGUCAGGUUGCAGAGAGAGCACAGUAUGCUGUUACAUUACAGAGCAAUGAGCAUAUGGUACUAAAAAAUGAGUGCAAAAUCAAUUAUUUCAUCUCUGUUUUGUUGCAGCAAGUUUGUUGAACUCUUUUUCAGUCUAGAUACGCUGCCAUGUGUUCGUCCCUAAGGUUGGUUUUAUGUGAGAACUGAAAUGUGCCGAACAGCCUCACAUUUGUCAUGGAGAUUGAAGAGAAAUGUGUCUUUCUUUUUUCUUCUGGAAAGCUCUGGGAGAGGAGGGUUGUAGUUUUGUUAUAUGAUGCCAAUUUUUGUUUCAACCUGAAAGGCCAAGCUCUACUUUUGAGGGUUUGUUGAGUAAUAGCAAAAAUGUUGCCAAUGCAUGUAGGUCGCAAAAGAAGCAUUACUGAUGUUGUUAAAUAUUGAAGGACAAUUAAAGUAGACGGGCUUAAAUGCGCCCACACGGCAUUCAUGUUUAAUUUGUUUAAGAAAGUGUAACUAUCCAAACUGCAUCUCUACUUGUGGCAGGAAAAUAAGAAGCAACUUUUUAAACAUUUCCCCCUGCUUUCCAGUAUAUACAUUACAAAUAAUCUUUUGUGCCUCUCAUUAGAAUGUUUCUUUGUAUAAAGCAUAUUUUCAGUAAUAUACUUUAAAUCUCUGCCAGAAACCAGUCCGUCUUCCUUAUUAUAGAAAUAAGUGUUUGGAUGUAAAAUUCCAUAAAAAAUCUUAAUGUGAUUAAAAAGAACUAAAAAUGUAAAACCUUAGUAGACCUGAGUUAUCACAUUCUAUUCAAAAUCCGAGGAAGAUUACAAUCUAGAUUUAUGUGAGUGAAUAAUAUCUGCUCCAUUGCUAGAUUACCCAAACUAUAAAAUAGGAAAUAGUUGGUACUGAAAAUGGUUACAUUUAAAAAUUUUACUCUCCAACAAAUAUACUUUUUAUAUCAUAAAUAAUCUAAAGGUCAUAUUAAAAAAGAGUUUAUACCUCUUUUCAAGUUAAUUUCAAAAUAUGGUAAUUGAUUACAUUUUAUAUAUGCUGUUGUUCUUUUGCUUUAUGUAAUCAGUUAUAAAUGGUAAUUAAUUUAAUAAAUACUGGAAAUCUGGUUUUUUUUAAACUUAAACUAAGAAAUUAACUAGAAUUAUUACAUAAUUCAUAAUUCUGAUGUUACAUAAUGUCAGAAAAAAACGUGCUUUGCUUGAGUAACAAUUAUUUUUUAGACAUGUAGUAUACAAUUCUCUGCUCUUAGAUAAGUAUAUCUCAGGCUUUUUUUUUAUUGCAUCUGGAGAAGCAGAUCGAGAUUUUUCUGAAUCAGCAAGCCUCUUAUCAUCAGCAAGGGUUGAUUGGCAGCUUCCCUUCCAUGCCUGAUAACUCAGAAGUGCAGAUUACUAUAGGUUGUUCUGAACACCUUAUAGGUCUUUUCACAGAGUGCUUAUAUCAUGCUCAGUUCUCCUGCUAGCCUGUUCUCAUUUGAUACCAGUGUGUGAGCUGGCAAGAGCUAACAGGUACAACAUGACGUGGCAGACGCCUAUGGAUUGAGUUUGGUCUCCCAAGAAUAAAGUCAUGCUGUUUUCAGAAGCACUAGGUUUGUGUUUUGACAUCAGUUUUUAAAUCCCCUUUUUUUCUAGAAAAGGGUUUUGAGCCACUUUCACGGGGAAUGUAAUGCAGUAACAAUUGAUGUCCCAGUGGUAUGCAAAGGGAAUAGACAUUCCUUGCUUUUUGUCCUCAAAAUAUGCUAUGGUAGCCUGUCUUAAGAAAAUUAUUCAUGGCACUGAGCUAUACCUAUGAAGAAAGAAUGUUGGACCUACAAUACCAGGAUACUAUUUUUUGUUGUUUUUGGUGACUUCAUAUAACUGUUUACUCCCUUCUAUUCUUAGUUUCUCCCUCCUGUUUCCAUCCAUAUAAAUAUGAAUGAGUUACUUGAUUUGCUGCCUACAGAAUGUUUUCUUUUUGAACCCAUUAUAUGUAAAGUUGGUGUUCAAGAAGAAACACAUUUUCUUUAUAAAAGGACUUCCUCUUUUGAGACAUUGUAAUCUCCCAUUUUUAUAAGUACUGGGUUUUUUUAAGUGUAUCAAAAUUAAAAUUUUCCUAAUAUAAUUCAGUCUGUCAGAAUAUGUAAUUGACCAUUGAUUCAGUUCAAUCUUACUGCUGUAAUAUUAAAAAAUCACUUUUCCUGAUAAAUAUGGUCCUUGUAAGGGCAAGAAUUACCUAUGAUUGUGUCGAAGAAAUUGAGUGCUAAUUUUUUCAGAGGCUCUUUAUAUUUCUUUACUAAAUAUUUUCUUCUUGAAUUUUUGGAAUUGUGUUUCAAAAUAGCAAAUCAGUAUAAACCAAUAACAAAGAAGCAUUCAUUCCUCAGUAUCUCAAUACAGUUAGCUAACACAUCUUAUUUAAGAAUGUCUUUAUAAAAAUAUUACUCUGUAUGCAGUUGGGACUAAGAAUAUACAAGAAGAGGAGAAAGUUGUUCCUGGACUUAUGGAAUACUAAAUUCAAUUCAAGUUUUCAGAAUUAAAACUGCAGUGUGAUUAUAGUGAAGAAUUCAAUUAGUACAAACUCACCUGCAGUCUGAAGUAGUAUGGUCAAGGAACAUAUUUAUUUGCUAGGUUCAAAGGGCCAAUUGGUAUUUUGUAAUACAAGUUUCCUUUAGUCAAAUCCACUUUUGUAAAUUGCAUCUAUUUUCCUUGUGAUCUAUUUUGUUUAAUCUUAUUUUAACAGGUCAUAAUCAAACAAUUUACUUUUAAUGAAAAAUUGAGACAUAAAUGCGCUGUUAGAUUUUACUUUAAAAGACACUACCAAAAUAUAUGUUGUAAUGAAUAACGAUAUUGGGUGCAGAAGGAGACUUGUUUGCAAGUAGUUAAUGGCCCAUUGGCACUUGUAUCUUUCAACAUUUGCCCUGCAACACCCUAGUGUAUUGUUUAGUAAGUGAAAGGACUCAUAUUUAAAAACUGCAAAUAUGUAAGUAUAAAAAUAGUCACAUCUAUAUUUAAGAUUGUAUGCACUCUUAAAUAAUAGGGAUUCUUUAUCACCCUUAUGAAAAAAGAGUGCAGUAAAAUAUGGGAUGUAUUUUUCCCCAGUUCUUUAGAUUUCUUCCUUGGUGUUUUCAUAUAACUCAUAUGUCUCCUUCUGUGUUCAAUUCCAGUCAAUGUCCCAGUGAAUUGGACUCAUCUCUAUGCUAAUAUGGAUUGUACAUCUUUUCCUUCUUUUUUUACCUCUUUACCUCUUCCCUUUCCCUUUUUAUUUUUUUGGAUGGGACAGAUUUUGUGGAAAGUUUACAAAAAUUUAAGGCAUGCUUAAGCAUUUUAUCAGUGCAAAGUUGAAGUUAUCUUGGACCAUUUCUUUAUUAUGUCACGUUUGAAUUAAGGAUAUUAAUGCUGUCUUCUGCUAUUUUAGAUAGUGUUAUAGCAAGUGUGAGUGUUGUGAUUUGCUUUGGCCCUGUUCACAAAAUUAUUUUCAUAAAAUUAAAUUCUUUCAUAUUUAGAGUGUGUGUAUACACCAAUACACACAUGUAUAUUUAUACAUAUAAAUAUAUAUAAUUUCAUUUUUUAAAUAGCUCUAUAUAAAACCAAAAAUAUUAGUACCUUGGCUGUUUACUUCUAGUGCAUGACUGACGUCCUGAAUAAUCACAUGGUGCUUCUCUUGCUUAAAUCAUUGAUUUCCAUUAUUUUUUUCUUAUUUUCUCCUUAUUUGCCAAACACUUGUGACAAAUAUUUUACUAUUUUAACCAUAGAGUUAAAAUGCACUUAAAUCUCCUCUGUUGUUUCAAUGUCUGCUUCAGGGAGAAAACUCCAUUUUCCAAAAACAUGAUUAAAAUAAAUGCCUUAUA